AUGAAUGGGAAUAAUGAAUAUAACAUCGAUCUGAAAGAACACAAGAAGGAAAACACUACAGAGUGCUCUUUAAAUGAUGAAACCAUCAUACCUAUUUGUAUAAAAAAUAUUUUGCAGUGUACACCUGGGAAGGAAGUUAACAGUGAAUAUUCCUUAAAGCGAAAAAAUGAGGAAUUAAACAAUUAUAUAGAAAAGAAUAUACCAGGGGGGUCUUCCCCCGAUGAGGAGGGCCAUUGGAAUAAAUCUGACGAUGGCUUGGAAUUUAUCAACGCCAGCGGUAAUGUUGCAAGCGAAAACAUCGACGGUAAUAACUAUCGUGAAGCCCCUUUGAACAGCCCGAGUGAACAACCAAAUUUGGAGAUGUGUGCAGACGGGGUAGAUAAAGUUCCCGACGAGACUGACAACAGGGAGACCAAUGAAAAGAAGAGGCCUAAAAGAAAAAGGCGCUAUAUUGACAUCGACAAAAUGAAUUUUGAUUUCGAAGAGGAGGAUUUUGCUAGCAGUUCCAAUGAGGAGUUGGUAAGACGCAAUUAUGUCAAUGAGGAGGAAUACACCGGGGGGUAUGCCAACGGGUAUACCAACGAACACAUGAAUGGAUUGCCAUAUCAAAAGGAUAUUAACAUGAACAGUGAAGUAAUCAGAGGCCUUCUAGAGCCGCCACCAAUCCCGUUUAAUGAUACCUUCCAGAAAUACAAUAGAGAAAUAAGUGAUGUGUACGUGAAGCAAAAAAAAAAAAGUAGUGGUACUUUAAACAUUUUCCUAGAGUCGCAACUCCUGUGCAUAGAUGAAGGUGCAUUUGAAAAAGAAAAUAACUUUAUAAAUAACCAUUUUGAUAAUUUUAUUAUGAGAAAAUUAAAUGUUGUAAAUACCACAAAUAUGCAGGACACUACCAACCAAAAUAAAGAUUUGCAGGAGUUGCUCAAAUAUCUUAUGUCUUGGUACUUUUCUGGAUUUUAUUCCGGGAGAGUAAGCAUGUUGAAAGAGUUACAUGGUGAGUAA